GCAUUAUUCACCUCUCGUUCUCUCUCUCUUCGCGUUUCAGCGUACGGUGCAUUUGUUUGUUCCUCUGUCCAUCAACAAAGGAUAAUAGUUACCCACAUACGCGUGUGUGGUCACGCUUACCUCCUCCUCCCUCCGCCCUUCUUCCUCUCAGCAAUGGGGAAGAAGGACAGUGGAGCGGCAGCGGCGGAGAACAUUAAAGUACUCGUCCGCUGCCGCCCACUAAGCGAAAAGGAGAAGGCGUCGGGACACACGCCCUGCGUCGACCUCGACCUCGCGGCAAACACCGUCGCGGCGAAAAGCGUGAUUGGCGAACCAGACCGCUUCACCUUCGACGCCGUCAUCAACAACAGCUUCUCCCAGAAGGACAUCUUCACCCAGUUCAUCAUGCCGCUGGCGGACUCCGUGUUGAAGGGGUUCAACGCGACCGUCUUCGCCUACGGUCAGUCCGGCUCCGGCAAGACGCACACGAUGACGGGCGUGAUGGGGGACACGGAGAUGGAGGGGAUCAUUCCCCGCUGCGUCGCGUAUAUCUUCCAGUCUGUGAAGAAGAUAAAGGAGGAGUCGCCGUCGAUGGCCGUCAGCAUGUACGUUAGCUUCCUCGAGCUGUACAACGGCAAGGUCCGCGACCUUCUGGCGAAGCAGCAAGUCUCGCUUGAAAUUCAUCAGCACAAGGAUAGCAGCUUCUUCGUGCAGGGGGCGGUGGUGGCGCAGGUGAAGCUGCCGGAGGACGUCAUGUCCCACCUCGAGGAGGGCACCGACCGGCGUCGUGUGGCGUCGACGGAGCUGAACGCGGACAGCAGCCGCUCGCACUCCAUCUUCACCCUCCUGCUCGAGUGCACCGAAACGCUGGAGGACGGCACCACGCGGGCUGUGUCGAGUAAGCUGAACCUGGUGGACCUGGCGGGGUCGGAGCGGCAGGGCAAGACCGGUGCCUCGGGCGACACGCUGAAGGAGGGGUGCAACAUCAACCUCUCGCUCAGCGCUCUCGGCACUGUCAUCGACACCAUCGUGAAGGGGGGCUCGCACAUCCCCUUCCGCAGCAGCCCCCUCACCAUGCUGCUGAAGGACUCGCUCGGCGGCAAUAGCAAGACGGUGAUGUUCGCCAACAUCAACCCCAGCGAGCGCAACCUCUCCGAGACGGUCUCCACCCUCCGCUUUGCCGAUCGGGCGAAGCAGAUCAAGAACAAGCCGGUGGUGAACAUGGACUCGAAGGAUCAGAAGAUUGCGGAGCUGACAGACAUGGUGAAGGAGCUGAAGGAGAAGCUGUCCAAGUACGAGACGGAGGGCACCGCCGGGAUGGAGGAGGAGCUGGAGAAGCUGCAAGAGAAGGUCGGUGACCUCGAGGUGCAGCUCGACAACGCCACGAAGGGUCGUGAGGCGGACUUGGUCGACUACGAGACGGUGAAGGCGACGUUGGCAAGUGAGCGGCAGUCCUUCAGCACGCGGCUGGUGGAGGUGGAGGACGAGGUGGUGCAGCUGCAGAACCAGCUGCAGAUCACGGAGAGUAACGCGAGUGCUGUACAGGCCCAGCUGAACGAUGUGUUCGCCCUCUGUCACAGCUACCUGUUGACCGCAGAAGAGAAGACGGCGCAGCCGGUGGAGCAGCUACGGACCGUCGAGGCGCUGGAAGUUGUGUUGAAGGCGGUGAAGAAGCGGCUGGGCGACGGCGGGGCCUCGGGCAUGCAGGAGCAGAUCGCGUCGCUGCAGGCCGACCUCCACGCGGCCCACGCGGAGCACAAGGCGACGAAGAAGGAGCUGCGCUCCACGAAGGGGCAGCUGGAGAGCCAGCUGAAGGAGGCGCGCGAAGCUCUUGAGCAGGCACGCGUGAAGUUAGAAAAGGCAAAGAUGGGGUCGAACAACUCCUUCAGCAACGCUUCUGCCUCUCGCCCCGUCAGCGCGAGCGUCGCGAGAGACUACGCCGCGCAGCAGGAGAAGGUCAUGGCGGCGUUGAAGAUGGACAGCACCGGCGUCGCUGCGAUGCAGGUCCUGCGCGACGAGAACGAGAAGCUGCGUCAGCAUCUGCUGUCCGCCGCCAACGCCGUGUCGCCGACGUCGGCGCGUGGCAGUGGCAUUAAUGCGGUAGCGAGCCUGACCAACAUGGCGGCCGCCGCUAGUUUCCCCACCCCGCAGGAUAUGAUGCAACUGAAUGCACUGCAGGCGGAGCUGGAGGAGGAGCGGACCAAGUCAGCCCAACUCACCAAGGCACGCGAUGAGCUCUACGCAAAGAUGGACGCGCAGGGGGCCGAGCUGGCCAAGGCGGAGACGACCAUCGCCCAGCACGACCGGGAGCUGACGAAGGUGAAGCAAGAGUACGAGGCCAAACUGUCCGCCACCGCCGGCUCCGACGAGGAGGUCACCCGGUUAGAGUCCCGCCUGCGGGAACGCACCGACCAGCUGGACCAGCUGCGCCAGCUGCUCGAGAAGCAGAAGGCCAUCAUCGUCAAGAACAACGAGAAGGCAGAGUACUUCCAAGCCUCCCUGCGCGAGAAGAACGAGGCGCUCGCGGCGCUCGAUCAGCAGUGCCGGGCGCAACUGGAGCAGAAAGAUACGCAGAUGCAGCAGCUCAUCAACAAGCGGGUCGAGGAGUUCACCGAGCAGCGCAACGCCGAGAUGGACCAGAAGAUGCACAACCAGAAGAAGCUGAAGAAGAAGCUGCAGAAGUUGCAAGAGGAGCUGGAGGACUGGGAGGCGAAGUACGACACAAAGAUGUGCGAGUGCGCGGACCUGCGCAACGCGCUGGAGGAAAAGAAUGUCCAGUACCUGCGUCUAAUGCGCCGCAUCGAGUACGCCGACGACGAAGUGGAGGUGAUUGAGCAGAAGGAGCAGUUCCAGAAUGCCCUCGAGCGGGCGAAGUCGGAGCGCAAGCGCAAGGAUGAUCUUUUUGCCAAGGGCGAGGUUAAGAAUGCCAAGAAGGCGGCGAAGCGCUGUGGGACUGCGCACUCUGAAUAUUCAGAGUAA